AUGGCCGACAUACCACUGGCUUCCCUGUCUCUGACACAUGUCCACUAUAACCCCGAGGAUCCCCUAUCCUUCGUGUCGGCAUGGCUUGCUCUCCUCCCUCAGGCGCUGUGCGUCUCAUAUGCCACUCUCAUCUGGGCAACCAGAGAGAUGGAAGUGAUUUUGAUGUUCGCUGGACAGCUGGGCUGUGAAGCUUUGAAUUUUGGGCUUAAGCGAAUUAUCAAGGAAGAGCGACCAAAGGAAAUGUUUGGCAAGGGCUAUGGAAUGCCCUCCUCUCAUGCUCAGUUCAUGGCUUUCUUCUCCGUCUACCUCACCUUCUUCCUCCUCUUCCGACACACCCCGGCGUAUGCGACCUCAUACCCCUUCCUGGGAACCAUCCUACGAGCCUUUGUCACCCUCGUCCUUUUGGCUGUCGCAGGUGGUGUUGCUUAUAGCCGUCUCUACUUGAACUACCACACAAUCCGCCAAGUGCUGGCCGGAUCUGGAGCUGGUGUCGCGUGCGCAUUUGCCUGGUUCGUCAUCACUGGCCUUCUUCGUCGAUGGGGUUGGAUUGACUGGGCCGUGGAGCUGACCCUGGCCCGCUUGCUACGUGUUCGUGACCUGGUAGUGAGUGAGGAUCUUGCUGAGUCCGGCUGGCAGCGUUGGGAAGCACUGCGAUCCCAAAGACGCGCCGGUGAACACCGCAAAGAGGAGUAA